UUCAGACAGACCUGGCCAAAUAAUUUGAAGUCAACACUUCAAUUUACCAAUAAAAGCAUCUCCUCCUUUAUUUAAAUUUCAAAAAUCAAAAUCCCACCACUAAACAUGUCCUAAAAGGCGGGGUUCAAAUUAAAAACCCUCCUCAAUACGACGCCGUCUUCACCUCUUCACUCACCCUCUCAGUAAAAAAAAAAAAAACAAAAACAAAGAGCGGAACAAAAAAGCAAACCAAUUCCUCUCUCUAUCUCUCUGUUCAAAUCAUCAUCACCUUCAAGAAAGAAACACACACAAAAAAAAGUAACAAAAAGAAUCUUUUUUUUUAGUUUUAGGGUUUCGUGUUUUUUCUCCAUCAUUGUCUUCUCGAGGAGAGAGAAAAUCAAUGGCGAGUCCCCGGAUUCCGGCGACUCCAUCUCCGACGACAUUGCGACCGAUUACAAUAACUCCGGGAUCGAGAAUUCUAGACGUUUCUUCUCCGGCGACUAACGGUCGUUCUCUUUUCUCCGAUGAAGGGAUCUGGAAGCGUCUUCGUGACUCUGGCUUCGAUGAAGACUCUAUUCGUCGCAGAGAUAAAGCCGCUCUUAUUGCUUAUAUUGCCAAGCUUGAAGCUGAGAUUUAUGAGCUUCAACACAACAUGGGACUUCUUAUUUUGGAAAGAAAGGAUUUUGCUACCAAGUAUGAAGAAGGUAGAUUAUCUUCUGAAACCACAGAAGUAAGUCAUAUGCGUGAUCGAGCUGCAUUAUCAUCAGCCUUAGCUGAAGCCAGGAAACGAGAAGAUAACCUCAAGAAGGCCUUAGGAGUAGAGAAGGAAUGCGUCGCAAAUAUUGAAAAAGCCUUGCAUGAAAUGCGUACUGAGUGUGCUGAGGUGAAGGUUGCAGCAGAGAGUAAAAUGGCUGAAUCACGCAGUAUGGUUGAAGAUGCUCAGAGAAAGUAUGUUGAGGCCGAGGCAAAGCUGCACACCGCUGAAUCUUUGCGAGAUGAAGCAAGGCGAUGCGAACGAGCUGCAGGAAGAAAGCUUCAGGAGGUUGAAUCACGUGAAGAUGAUCUUCGUCGUCAAAUGGCAUCUUUUAAAUCUGAUUGUGAUGUCAAGGAGAAAGAAAUUAUGCUUGAAAGGCAAUCAUUGGUGGAGAGACAGAAAGUGAUGAAUGAAGCACAGAACAAAUUACAUGAUGGUCAAGCUAUGCUAAAUCAGAGGGAAGCCGAUAUUCUUACUAAAUCUCAAGCACUGAGAAAGACUGAGAAGGAGCUGGAGAAUCAGAAAGAGAAUAUUGCUGCUGAAUGGAAGACCUUAUUGGAGGAGAAGUCCAAUUUGGAGCUAGCUGCACUCUCCCUUUCUGAACGAGAGAAGGCUGUUAUUGAAAAGGAGGGUAUUUUGAUCAAGAAAGAGCAGGACUUCCUCAUUUCACAAGAAAAAUUGGCAAGCAAGGAACAUAAUGAAGUCCAAAAACUCAUAGCUGAACAGGAAAGUACCUUGAGACGCAGAAACGACGAAUUUGAAGCAGAGCUCGCGGUAAGAAAGAAAUUGGCAGAAGAAGAUAUUGAGACAAGGAGGAGGGCCUGGGAGUUAAGUGAACUGGAUCUUAAACAACGUGAGGAUGUUAUUUUAGAGAAGGAGCAAGAUUUGGAGGUGCAAGCUAGGGUGAUAGCAGACAAGGGUAAAGAUUUAGCUGAGAAGUUAAAAGUUGUGGCGGAGAAGGACUGUCAUCUUCAGAAGUCUGAGAAUGAGGUUGAGCUAAUGAAAAACACUUUGCAAAAAGAGAGGGAGGAGAUUGAUAAGGCAAAAGUUGACCUAGAGAAGUCUUCACUUUAUUUGGAAGAGGAGAAGAAUCAAAUUGCUGAGGCAAAAAACAAGUUGGAGCUUAUGAAAUGUGAAUCAAGUGAGCUUCUCAUGUUAGAAAGAAAAUUGAAAGAGGAAAUUGAUUCAAUCAGAGCUCAGAAUCUGCAACUUGAGGCUGAGGCUGAAAAACUGAAGAUUGAGAAGGCAAAGUUUGAGACAGAGUGGGAAGUUAUUGAUGAGAAAAGGGAGGAAUUGCGAAGGGAAGAAGAACGUAUAGCUGCGGAGAAACUCCUAAUUUCCAAGUUUCUCAAAGAUGAACGUGACAGCCUAAAUGUGGAGAAAGAGGCUCUGCGUGAGCAAUACAAACAGGAUCUAGAAUCACUUUCUCUUGAUCGAGAAACCUUCCGAAGUGAGAGUCAGCGUGAGCGUUCUGAGUGGUUCACCAAAUUUCAGCAAGAACGUGCAGAUUUCUUGCUAGAGAUCGAAUGUCGAAAAAGAGAGUUGGAGGAUUGCAUCAACAAACGGCGUGAAGAUAUUGAAAGCUACUUAAAAGAGAAGGAGAAAGCAUUUGAAGAAGAGAAAAAGAGAGAACUUCGCUAUAUUAGUUCUCUGAAGGAAGAUCUGAUGACAGAACAAGAGCAUAUUGCUCUGGCACUAAAAAAGCUCGACACAGAGAAGAUGGAAAUCAAAUUGGAUCGUGAGGAGAGGGAAAAGGCAUGGGCGGAGUUACAGAAUCUUAUCGAAGAGCUUCAGACGCAAAGACUUAAACUGAAGGAACAGAGGGAAUUGCUGCAUGCGGAUAGGGAAGAGAUACUUUCUCAGAUUGAACAACUUGUCAAAUUAGAGGAUUUGAAAGUCAAUUCUGAUAGAAUUUUAGUUCCUGUUACAAAGCCAACCUGUGCAGAGUCAACCCCUGAAGUCUCUGUACGUGUUCCUUCUCUGGAGCCAAUACAGGAAAUUGUUGCUGCAGAAGAUGGGCAAAAUAUGGGAAGUGAUUCACCACCAAGCACUACUGUUUCCUGGCUGAAAAAAUGUGCUUCUUUGAUGUUUAAGCAUUCACCAGACAAACCCUUGAAGCACAUGGAACCAUCUUCAUAUUCCGAGUGUGAAGUCGGAAACUCUAGAUUUUUCGAGAAAGACUUAACAAACAUAAAUGAUCAAUCAAAACAGGGGAUGUCCAAGGAGUUUGAUCUCAUAAAAUCGGUGGGAAGUGCAGGCCAGCUAACUGGAACUGGUUCAGAAGAGCCGAAAGUGAUUCAUGAAGUUCCUUCUGUGGAUGAAGACUGGGCAGAUCUGGUAGCAACUAAAGAUGUGCAUGAAAGCUAUUCCCCUGCUUUAGUUAGCACUAGCCGGAAAAGAAGAGUUGACGACUCACAUGUUCCUGGGAGUGAUGCUGUGACUCUGGACGACGAAGUAAGUAAGAAGAAGAGGCGGCAGCAUGAUGGUGAUACUUCUGAUGGAUCUCUUAAUGUCACUCCCCACUGUGUGGAAUCUAAGCAGACAAGUAUUGUUGAUGAUCAAUGCAUCGUCAGUUUAUCAACGCAGAGCUCAAGUAAAGACAAUAAAAAUGAAAUUUCCUAUCAAGCCAAGAUAUGUUCUGAAAUCCCUCUGGAGAUGACUGAAACUGGCAAACCUGCACAUCAGCUUGAGCAAAGCGAAUCUGACAAAUCUGUAAUGAGGUGUGUCAUUCAGAAGCAGACAGUGAUACAAGAAGUUCUCAUAGUGGAAGAUGCUGGAGAAGCAAAGAGGCAACUGGAGGAGGAAGGUGCUACUGAGUUGAAAGUGCCGGGAAAUGAGGAUCCUUCAAGUGCCACCGAUAAGCCAGAAAUUGCUCAGGAGAAAAUUAAAACUCGGUCAAAGACCAAGCAGAAAUCAUAAACAGUUUGCUCUAUCAACUGCUCCAGCGGUUAGGCCCCGUGCAUUCUAUUAUCUGGAUGUUGGCAUCCAAUGCACAAUUCACUGAAUUGUAUGCGCUAUUUUCUUUGACAGGUUUAUUAUCUCUGAGCUUGCUCAAUCUAAAGGGUUGGUUAGUUCUUUUGACCUAGGUCUCCGGUUAUCUCGCUUGUGACGUAUACUUGUAAAUGAUUUAGAUAAUAGUGUGAUUCAGGGUGUAUUUAGUAGGUUCCUCAUUUGAUGUUUCAUAUAAUGUAUUUUGUGCAUCUGUUGGACUUUUCUUACCGAAAGUUUGGGAGUGUUCGUGAUGGUUGGUAUUACAGGGCACUAUUUUUUUUCUGUCCUGCGGCUAUGCUAGCUUAUGAGAAUGUUAAUGAAUUCUGAGAUGUUUAUGAUUAUUUUUGGAUUUUUCCUGAACUUGAAUCAAAUGGUUUUUAUUUUUAAUA